AAAAAGGAAGAGGGGGAGUACUAGGCAAGCGAACGAGCGUACGAGCCUGCGCUCGUCAGGGAAGAGGGGGGUGGGGGGGUCCAGCUGCAAAAAAAAAAAAAGAAAAAAAAAGAAACGCGUAACAAUGGCAGCAUCGAGCACCUUGUAGAUGGUGUAAAACAACCGAAGGGGCGCCAUAAAUUAGGGAUGUGAUCACAAACGACAUGACUGUUCUCUGAAAUCUGGCGAUCUUAUGGAAAAUGGAAUGGUUAACGUCCUAAUUUGUUUCCUGGAAUACGAAGACUGCUGUAAUUUAAAAUGGAGUGGUAGGGGGGAGCGAAGCGCGCUGGCUCCAUCACCGAGAGGCGCGUCCACCUGCUAGUACUGGAAGUCCGGGUCCGGGGAAAAUAUGGAGAAGUGCCUUUAUUGAAGAAAAAAGACACAUUUGUAAUUCUGUAGAAAGAGGAGGGGGCAAAGGGAUCCUGGCGACGAGGAGAAAGCGCAGUGUGGGUGCAUCGAGAGGUUGGGCAGUGGUAAUGAUGCAUGGGGGCAGAAUCUGGUCACAUUGAUGGAUGUUCUACAAGAAACCAACCUCGCUGUGCAGGCCCUGAACCCCACACGGAUCAAUGCGGUGGAUGAGAGUGACUCACAUGACCUGGGAGGUCAUCUGAAGCCGUACGCCGCCGCAGAUGGCGCCGCGACGCCCUUCCCUGUGUCAGCCGCCGCAGUGAGCGUGCACAGAGCCGGUCAGAAAGCCAGUCUGACCUCCAAGGAGCCGUGCGCGCUCAGCCCGCCCUCCCCUCUGAGCCUGACCGAGGUCCCCGAGCACGACACCAAUGAGUCCUCCACCAACGCUAUCGCACUUGCGUCCUGCGCGGCCAAGGCCGUGAGCCCCUGGUCCCUGCCGGAGGACUGCGAAAAGCCCCCCUUCGCCAUGAUGGAACCGGGGGCCGUCUCCGCUCUCACGGAGGACUGCCUGAUGCAGCCAAGCCGCACCUGCCUGGGCUGCUUCAUUGAGACCAAGGACGCCGCUGACCCCGAGCCUGGGCUAGGCCUGAAGAUGGGGGAGAUGAACCAGGACUAUGAUUCUUGCUCCAUUCCAGACAUGAGCAUGCAGUGCAUGAGCUCCAGCGACACUGCCCACUAUGGGGAUCAGCUCCUGGCCGACCAGCUCCUGAGUUUCCCUGGGCACAAGGCCACCGACGAGGAGAAGAGGGAGGAGGAGAAGUCUGACAGUGACUCAGAUGACCCUGCCUCCAAAAACCUGUACGAGGGCCUGCUCCUGGACAAGUGCAAUGGUGAGGAGGCCCUGCUGACCAAUCCUAGCCAGGACUGGGGCUACUUUGAGUCCUUCAUUAGCGAGAGCAAAAUGGAGUUGCUGGACCUCUGCUCCAAGAACGAGCUUUCUGUCAACCUCUUCUCUGAGGAGGAUGUGGACAACUACAUGUUCGAUGAUGAUGAUGAUGACUCCACUCUAAGCAGUGAUGUGUGCUCCCUGAAGAUACGCUACGAGUCCUUCCAGGACAAUGUGCGAGAGAAGACCAAUGCUGUCCAGGAGGACGCCCAGUUCAACUUCUUUCCCAGCGUCCUCCUCAACUGUUCCAGGAAAGAUGGCGCUGUAGUUAGAAAGGACUCGGCUGGUCUGCAGCUUAAGGAGGAUGAGAUCCACUUGCAGGGGAAUGAGGCCAAGGAGGGGAAGAAUGGCAGCACUGCCGAUGAGACUCCUGACACUAGCCCAAAAAGACACUACAUAUUUGACUUCAGCAACUCCACCGAGGAUUCAGGGGAGUACAGCGAUGACAGCUCCUGCACUGGCUCCUCCUUCGACACACUCCGAGAGGCCAAGGGAAGGAACCGCUUCCUGUCCAGGGAGAACUCCAGCUCCUCCAGCCAGCUGAACUAUGGCCUGCGGGCCAAGAGGAAAGUACGCUAUAGUGAGGAUUACCUGUAUGACGUGGACUCCAUUGAGGGGGAGAAGAACACUGUGGAGAAGCGUGAGAAGCCACCUGUUGGGCCGAAGAAGGAGGAGGACGAUGACUGGUGCCCAAAGAAGAGACGAAAAUCCUCUCGGAAGGAGCCCCCCGUGAUCAUCAAGUAUAUUAUUAUCAACCGCUUUAAGGGGGAGAAGCACAUGCUGGUCAAGCUUGGAAAACUAGAUCCGACAAUCCCGACAGUGAGUUUAAGUGAGGAGGCGAUGAGCAAAUAUGAGAAGCUGGCUCCGCUGAAGGACUUCUGGCAGAAGAGGCGACGGGACCUGGACGAGCAGCGCAGGCUGACUGCGGGCGAUAAAUGCCAUUUUCAUUUGAACGGCCGCAACCGGCCCUUUAGUUCUAGGCCCCCGAAAAGGAAAUACAAGAUUGCAAACAGGCUCAGGAUUCAAAGAAUUCACACUGUGGAGCAAUCAGUACACAAGCAGGGCUCCUCUUCAUCUGAACGCAGGCAAGAAAGCAGCGCUAAAGAAGAGGCAGCCCUCGUGGGCAUGCCAUUAACCGCAGCAGCCCCCAGCCGUGCAGCCACAUUAGGCCUAAAUGACAUCACGUACACCGGGGCACUAAGUAGCAGAUCGCAAGAGAGGGCCGACAAGGAAAUGGGAAAUAAAAUAGUCAGGAUAAGAAAAUUCAAAAGCGAAGCCAGAUUGAGGAGCAAAAGAAUGAAAGCCAUGCAGGAGGAGGGCAAAGGCAUGGCGGAGCUGAAAAAUCAGGACUCCACUGGGAGCAUGAAGGAUGCACCAAUUGACUCUGCGGCAAGCAGCCCCCACUUGUGUGAAAAUCACACCGCCACCACGGCCGAAAAAUCCACAUUCAUACCAGCCACCUGCUCUCCUGACAAACCCGCGCCAUCUGUGAGCGUGGCUACCAGCGUACCAGUCAUCCCCGGGGGCUAUCUGCAGACGCUGCUUGAUGCUUCGGAUUCGUCGGGCGGCGCUGGGAUCCCCUUUUUCCCCCAGCAGGCUGCCAGGCAAUACCAGCUCGGCCCCACCCAGGAAGAAAAGCAGUUUUCCUCUCUUCAGCUCGCCCAGAGCUGCGUCCUCUCCCCUCCGUCUGAGUCUGAGCUCCAGCAGUCCCCCCAGAACCCCACGGGACAGACAGAGCCAAACUUCGCCCACGUGUGGCAUUCGCAGCUCGGCUCCGGCCAGCAGCCAUUCGCACCUGACAUUCCAGAAACCCCCAUUAUGCCGAACAGCUUUCCUGGCCCUGUGCCUGUGCCAAUGGCAGACAACUUGUCUGUCUCAGGAUACAGCCAGCUGAACUUGGACUGUGACAGACUGCUCUAUGAGAAGAAUUAUCUGCCUGAGCAGCCUCUGCAGCCCAGUGCUGAUUAUCAGGCGUGUCAGGUACCGUGCGGAGAGGGACAUCUACAGUUUCAGAGAGGCACACUGAACACAGACAAUGGCAGGCUCAUCAGUUUUGACUCAGUGGGUUCGCUGUCAGCCACUUCCAGCAAUUACAGCUCCCUGAGUCUGAAGUCCUGCGAGAAGGACAGUGAGGACGAUAUGAACGAUAACUUCCUGGCCCAUUGCAGCCCCAAGCUGGUGAUCCAGCAAAGCAUUGAUGCCAUCACACCGCUGAGGGAGUCGACAGACCUGCUGGACAUCUCUAACUUCACUCCUGAUAAGUUCCGGCACUCGUCUCUGUCAGAGAUGUCCCCUCCAGACACCCCCAAUUUGUCUCCUCAGGUUCUGGGGCCUGAGUUGAAGGGAGUUGGAUUAGGGAAGGAUUUCCAGGAGUCCGGUGACUUGGUACUGAGUGGCAAUGCUGAGAUGAAGUGGAACUGCGGCAUGGCACACCAACCAGAGCACCAGGCAGGCGUGUUCACAGUGGAAAGCCACCAGUUCCAAUUCCACACCUUCAAUGAUGAAGACAGCACAGGUCUCAUCGAGAAAAACACCACUUUGGCCGAGCAGGUCAGCCAAAUGGGGAGCGGAGUGAAAGGUCAAAGGUCAAAGAAGAAGACCUCAAACAAGCAGCAGAAUGCAGGGCAGGGCUCUGCUCCAGAACAGAAGGGGGCAAAGAAAACCAGGGCGCCUAAAGGGGCCAAGACGGAGAAGGGCAAAAACCCACGGCAGAAUUCUAGGUCAUCCAAAAAAAUGAAAGCUCUGCAGGAUGGAAAGGCUGGUAAAGGCCAGGCAGGGGGCUCUAAAUUGGCCCAGAAAUUCCGGGAUGGUAUGAUUCCCCCAGGUCAGAUGAAAGACAAUAUUUGUUUACCAGGCGGGGGUGCCCUGGGGCUGUCUGGGGACUGGCCCUUGGUUAAGGAGCCUGGCACCAGCUGGUCUGAGGGCAACAACCUUAUGGAUGAUGACCAGCGAGAAUUUGAGGAGCCCUCCAACAUACUGUCUAACAUCGCCUCUGGGAUGGCCGAGGUCCAACGGUUUAUGAUGGCCUCCAUCGAGCCGCUGUGGGGCCCCGCAUCUGAUGUCUGCCAGCCCCCUGAGUCCAACAGCCUCAAGCUUAAGACCCUGAAAAUUCUGGCAGGCACCUCGCCUGAUCCCAAGAGGAAGGGUGCUGCAUCCCCAGGGGCCUCAAAAGGUCGGAAGCCAACUGGAAAAGGGGGUAAAAUCCAGGCAAAGCUGAAUGCCUCCCACCCAUUUUUCCCCCCUCUUGCUCUGGGCUGCAACAUGUUCGACAGGCCCAACAUCUGCGGCCCGAGUGUCAAUGGGCCAGCGCACAAAAAGAUGUACCGCCACAAAACCAGUGCGAAAUUUCCCCGGGUUGAGAGUGUUAAAGGGAAGCGAGACCCGAGCAAGGACAUAGCAUUGAUGGCCUCUUUUGAAAAACUGAGGUAAUAUUUCAUAACUGGCUGCAGUUGCAUCCCUUAUUUUUUUUCCUUCCACUUCUUGCUGAGCCCCCUGCCCGUUAUCCCCUUCCCCCCCACCCGCACCCCCGCAUUGACUCAGAGCAAGAGCUGCAUGGCAAAGACGUCACCCUUGACUACCCCCAUAUCCUCUUUACCCAGAAGAGAAAUCGAAUAACUUGCAUGAGAAACUUCUUGUACUUGCAAACUACCUAUUGAGUAAUUGUGUCCAGCUUGACUGGGAUUUCAAAACUACCAUGGCUGCAGUUUUUUCUUGAUACGUUGCUGCUUUGGUUUUAAGUCUUUUGUUUCUUGUUACUUUGGUUUUGGUUCAUAUUUGUCAGAAAAGAAAAAAAGGAAGCCUUGAAAAAUGUUUUUAAAGCCUUUUUUGUGAACAUGUUUCGUGAUUUUUUUUUCAGUGAAACUUGCUGCCCCUCUCCCUGAUUAUGCACUUCUGUCCAUGCCUGUAAAAAUGUGACCCUCAUUUGCUUUCGGUGAAAACAUAAGCACCCCUGUUUUAUCGUACGCAGAAUAUGGACUCCGUGCAUAUCCGUCUGCCUUUUUUCAGCCAGACCCAUGUCAUGAAGGAAAGCUACAACCUGUAAAGAACUGCAACUACCAUCUUUUAUCAAAACCUGGACCCCAGGAGUGUGGAAAACUUGUCUCAAGACAGACUUUUCCAAAUGCAAAAAGGGACCAAUUUGUAUUGAUUGCAUAUCAGACUGUUUUGGGUUUAUGUCUUAAUUUUCCUCUUAUUCUUGGAAUGAAUUUGUUAUUUGCUUCUUGUUCUACAUGCUUUUUUCCCCCUAAGGGGCCUUGAGAACAAGUGCCCCAGAGAUUAGUUUCUAUGCCUUGAAUAUAUACUCAAUAUUACUUUAAAAAUAUUCCACCGCUGUUCUUUAAAAAAUCAGAUUUUGUUAAUGUCAUUGUAUAGAAACAUAUGCACUAUUUGGAAAAAAAGGUGAAAAAUAUUAUAAUAAUACUAAAAUUCAUGUGCCAAACUAUGAACAAAUAACUUGUACAGGUGAUUUUUCUAUCUAUCUGAAUAUUGGCUGUUCUGUUUUGGGACUCUCCAUGAAGAGGUGACAUUCCAGAGAAGUUAUAUUUUGGGAUCCUCUCCGUUGACUGGCACCUGCAGCUGGCAGUGGCAAACAGCUACGAAUCUACCAAAACAGAAAAAAAAAUCUGAUUUGCUUGUUUUGUUUUUGUCUUUUAAAAUUAUGUUGCCAAAUUAAAUUUACCUCAACAUCACACAGUUACAUGAAGCUGAAAGAGAGGUGGAAAAGAAGCCCUGGUGUAUGCUGAAAGAAAGUGACAGAAGAAAGAGUACAAUGAGAGCUUUUAUUGGAUAAACCAAGAGCCUCAGCCAUGGCCCAAUGGUAAGCACAACUAUCAUGCCAUGUGUCUUACAUUUGCAGGCUACUGAAGGGGAGUAUGGCAUUAACAGAAGGUUGCCUCAUUGCAGCUAUAAUUGAAGACCAUGUCUCUCAAACAUCUAUUCGAAUUUUUAUUCCUUUCAAUAUAAGCAUCCAAGAUAAGGAUACAAAAUGAUAAGCAUCAAGGACAUGGAUUUUUUUCUUCUCCCACUGUUAGUACUGUCUGAGAUUACCACAAAAUGUCAAAAUAUUAGCCAGUCAAUAUACAUUAACUUUUGAAUGUGUUGACUUGUGAACGUUUACAGUGCUUCAGUAAAAGAGCAACUGACAACGUUGAAUGCCAAAAUCAAUUUGUGGAAAAAAAAAAUAAAAUAGGGUCAUAAAGAAAUGUUCACUGGUCAACAUCCAGUUGAUAGUCUGUCUGCACAACACAUAUUUAUAAAGAUAAGUAAAUACCUUAAUCACAUAUUUGAAAGGAGAAGCAACACAUGCCUCAGUGGUUCCUGAGCGGAACAUUAUCUUCAACUGUUAUUAAUUAUAGACUGUUUUAGGCAGCCUUUUUCCUGUCUCAUAACUUGAAGGACACUGAGUGGAAAACUUUUUACGUGUCACAAGAGAUGCAUUUCUAAUCGUAGGUUACUGGAAGGCAAAAAAAUAUCUAAAUAUGAAUAACAGAGACCUGUCAGUUGAUGCAGGCAUAAAACUGUAAUUUAGAUGUUGAUUAGUGUGGUAUCAUGAUGAGUAGACUGCUUGCACACCAGACGUUGCAGGUCCAAACACAGAGUAGGCUUGUGAUUAUACAGUAUGCUUGUGCCGAGUUCGUAACCUUGAUUGCCUCUGUAAACACUCAGAUCCAGGUGUAUCCAACAGGUCAUCUGCAUUGUAAGACCAUAAAAUAGGGCUGAGGGCUAAUGUCAAAUUAUUAUUAUUCUGAACUGAACAUUGUGGUCGAGUGGAGGAGUACGGCUGAUCUCCAGUGAUCUCAUGUAUGCCCUUUUGAGGCCUCUCUGGUUUAUCCUGGGUUUCUUGAGGUAAUUAUCUUAUGAUAUUUAAAGUAAAGGACAACUAGGAGCAUGACAAGAUCAAGGUAAAAUAGAUACCAAACCUUUACAAAUAGACCUUGUAAAAAAAAAAAGUAUAUUAUCCUCUACUUUUGUAGGCAUGGCACAACCAUUUUGAUCUUAUAAUAUUGUUCCUUUGCAGUAAAAUCAUUAAAAGUCCUUUUCUAUCAAGGCUGUAAAUAAUUUUUUUUUACAAGACUCUGUUGAAUUUCACCAAAGGCAAGGAAAUUGAAAUGAACCCCACAGCCAGAAGUUUCCCUAAUGAGGACCAUUCAGUUGCAUUACUAUUUAAUUGACGGCUUUUCCCUCUAUGACCUGUCCAAUGACACCUAUAUAAAGUACCUUUAUAUAGUAUAUGGUGAUGAAUAACCAGCAGGUUCUCCAGAGUUCUUGCUCAUUCUUCUUACACUUGUGGAAAGACAGGUCACAUUCCAAAUGUCAUUUUUAUUCAUUUAUUUUGCAAUUAUUCAGAACACAAAUUGACUAUAUUAUUCCCCUUCUAUAAUUUAAAGAAAUAAAAAUGGAUAUCACUCUGCAGGACCUUUAGAUUACUUUUUAGUGUUUUUAUUUCUUAAUAGUGUCAGGUUCCUGCUGAUUCAUCAAUGAGUCUGGUGAAAAUGACUUUUCUCAUAAGUGAUCUGAUAGCUCUUUGAAAGGAUGGGGAUUACAGUUGCCUUAUUGGUAUUGAACUCAUGUUCAGACAAGUGAGUCUUUAAACAAAAUUCAACAUUCAAGAAAUCCAGAAAAAGACAACACUGAAAAAGGAAGACAUUCCCUUUUCCUGUGUGUAUUCUACAUUAUUCUUUGUGAUAAUCUGCUACUAUCUUCACAGAGCUUCUCUCACAUUAAUGAACUCCUCACUGGAACCACUUUGUGACAGCACCUGUUGAACCAUACUCCCUGCAAACCAGAUUAGACAGAGUGCAAUGAAGCAUGCUAGUUUUUUAAUCUGACAUACUGUAAGCUUUUGUGAAGUAACUCUGUCAUCCCCACCCCCUGCAGGUCAUGUAAGCCUGCCCAUAGUGAAAGGAUCACUAUGGCGAUACAACAAGUUUAGCUUCUGCUGUACUGCACACAUUGCACAUUACAGAAACCUUACCCGCCAGUCUUCAUGCAAAAAUGUAGUUUCCUUUUUAUAUACUGUCUUUCUUCUUUGUUUAGAAAAAUACACACACACACACACACAAUUUGGAAUCACCAAUUAAUAAUGUAAUGUAACUAAAUUAUGUAAUUCAUGAUUUUAUUUUAUUUUUUUACUGAUGUGAAUGAAUGAAUACACUGCAAAUGCCUACUCUUGUGAUCAAUGCUCUUUUUUAACGGAGGGACUGAAUGAAUAUGGUCCAGUUGUGAGCAAUUAAGACAAGGCGCUGUGCUGCUCUGGCAGGGCAGUAAUACAGUAACAUUUAGGGAAGCUGUGACCUUGGUCACUGUUACAUUCCUAAUGAGAUUUUCUUUGCUGUCUCUCUGUUCUCCUUUGUGUCCUCUACUCUGCUAGGUUUGGAAAGGGGUGAGCUGCUGAUUGGACGCUGUACAGGAGGUGAUGAGCUCACCAUGCUCCGCCUUCUCUUAUUUCUGCCUACUGUCAAUUGAAUGUACUAUUUUCCAAUAUUAUUAUUUUUUUUGUACAAGGUGCCACUGCAGAGCUGCUGUCUCUUAAUUGUGCUGAUAAAGUCAAACAUGCGCGCACACACAGACACACAAACGCACACACACACACAUAAAAUCUACUUUUCUGAGACAACAAAAAAUUACAAAGAAAAGCCCAACUCUCUGUGCCCUCUUUAUGAAUGUAUAAUAUAUUGUUAUGUUAUGUUCGAUGUACUUACACCAUGGUUUUGACAUUAAUUGGGAUUAAUUGGUUUUGCCUUUUUUUCUUUGAAAAGAAUUUUGAGCUUUAUAAAUAUUGUCUAGAGUUGUUACCAGAAGGAUUCUUAAUGGACUCUUGACAUGAAAUCUUGUAUAUUUUUCAGUGUGCCAAUUUGUAACAUAUUUUGUAAGUGUAUAUUUUUCUUAGAAAGUGUUGUGAAGUAUUUGUGUGUAUGUGUGUGUGCGUGUGUGUGUGCGUGUGUGCGUGUGCGCGCACGUGUGUUUGUGUCUGUGUGCGCAUGCGUGUAUGUUUGUGUGUGUGAACGUAACCUUUUUUGUGCCUCUGAUAGGCAGUGAAAAGGAUGCAUAAUGACAGGUUUCUGGUUUUAAAAACCAAAAUUCAAAUGACAAAAAAGAAAAAUGGAAAAAAUCUAUACAUUUUUGUUGGGAGUUUUGUAAAAAGGCUGAUCUUGUUGUGGGAGUGUAGUGCUAUUGUGUAUAAGAAAUAAGCUGACAAAAAACAGAGGAAAAAAUAAUACAAAUUUGUGAACUCUUUGCUGUUUUAUAGAUUUUCAUGUAAAUUAUUCUAGUAUUAUUUUGUUUUUUGUUGUAACUGUUGCAAAGGUUUUAAAUAUUUGUGAUCAAGCCUGUAUGGUGAUAAUGUAAUAUUGGUAACUUGCUGAGUUUUGUAAUAAUGUUUAUGGAAUAAAUAUACAAAUCAAAAUAAGCUUUUGAACGCAGA